GACACCGGCCGCGGGAGAGGAGGGGCCGCUGUCCCUGCGGCCAGUGCUGGAUGCGGGGACCCAGCGCAGAGGCAGCUCCAGGUGGAGCCGCGGGAAGCCCAGCCCCACAGACAGCCUGAGGCCGCGUUUCGCCCUCCGCGCCGGGAUCUAUGUUUAAGUUUUAACUCUUGCUUACCAAGACCACGAUAAUUCCUUCCCCAGAGGCCAGCAGCCCCCCGCCCCGCGCAGCCCCAGCCUGCCUCCCACCGCCCAGCUGCCCGCGAUGCCCGCCAGCGGCCCCGGGGACGCCAGCGGCCCCGCUCCGGAGCGGGGGGAGGAGGAGCGCAAGGAGGGAGAGGAGCAGGAGGAGGCCCGUGGCAAGGAGGAGCGGCAGGAGCCCAGCACAGCUGCCCGGAAGGUGGGGCGGCCUGGGAGGAAGCGCAAGCACCCUCCGGUGGAAAGCAGUGACACGCCGAAGGACCCCGCCGUGACCUCCAAGUCCCCGUCCAUGGCCCAAGACUCAGGCCCCUCAGAGCUGUUACCCAACGGGGACUUGGAGAAGCGGAGUGAGCCCCAGCCAGAGGAGGGGAGCCCCGCUGGGGGGCAGAAGGGCGGGGCCCCAGCAGAGGGAGAGGGUGCAGCUGAGACCCCGCCCGAAGCCUCCAGAGCCGUGGAGAAUGGCUGCUGCACCCCCAAGGAUGGCCGGGGAGCCCCCGCAGAAGAGGGCAAAGAACAGAAGGAGACCAACAUCGAAUCCAUGAAAAUGGAGGGCUCCCGGGGCCGGCUGCGGGGUGGCCUGGGCUGGGAGUCCAGCCUCCGCCAGCGGCCCAUGCCGCGGCUCACCUUCCAGGCGGGGGACCCCUACUACAUCAGCAAGCGCAAGCGGGACGAGUGGCUGGCACGCUGGAAAAGGGAGGCUGAGAAGAAAGCCAAGGUGAUUGCAGUAAUGAAUGCCGUCGAAGAAAACCAGGGGUCCACCGAGUCUCAGAAGGUGGAGGAGGCCAGUCCUCCUGCUGUGCAGCAGCCCACCGACCCCGCGUCCCCCACUGUGGCCACCACGCCUGAGCCCGUGGGGGCUGACGCUGGGGACAAGAACGCCGCCAAAGCAGCUGAUGAUGAACCGGAGUACGAGGACGGCCGGGGCUUUGGCAUUGGGGAGCUGGUGUGGGGGAAACUGCGGGGCUUCUCCUGGUGGCCAGGCCGCAUUGUGUCUUGGUGGAUGACGGGCCGGAGCCGAGCAGCAGAAGGCACCCGUUGGGUCAUGUGGUUCGGAGAUGGCAAGUUCUCAGUGGUGUGUGUGGAGAAGCUGAUGCCGCUGAGCUCCUUCUGCAGCGCCUUCCACCAGGCCACCUACAACAAGCAGCCCAUGUACCGCAAGGCCAUCUACGAAGUACUGCAGGUGGCCAGCAGCCGAGCGGGGAAGCUGUUCCCGAUGUGCCACGACAACGACGAGAGCGACACUGCCAAGGCCGUGGAGGUGCAGAACAAACAGAUGAUCGAGUGGGCCCUGGGAGGGUUCCAGCCCUCUGGCCCCAAGGGCCUGGAGCCCCCAGAAGAGGAGAAGAACCCCUACAAAGAAGUUUACACAGACAUGUGGGUUGAACCCGAGGCAGCUGCCUAUGCACCGCCCCCACCAGCCAAAAAGCCCCGAAAGAGCACAACUGAAAAGCCCAAGGUCAAGGAGAUAAUUGAUGAACGCACAAGAGAGCGGCUGGUGUACGAGGUGCGGCAGAAGUGCCGGAACAUCGAGGACAUUUGCAUCUCUUGUGGAAGCCUCAACGUCACCCUGGAACACCCUCUUUUCAUCGGAGGAAUGUGCCAAAACUGCAAGAACUGCUUCCUGGAGUGCGCGUACCAGUAUGAUGAUGACGGCUAUCAGUCCUACUGCACCAUCUGCUGCGGGGGGCGCGAGGUGCUCAUGUGCGGGAACAACAAUUGCUGCAGGUGCUUUUGCGUUGAGUGUGUGGAUCUCUUGGUGGGGCCGGGAGCUGCGCAGGCGGCCAUUAAGGAAGACCCCUGGAACUGCUACAUGUGCGGGCACAAGGGCACCUACGGGCUGCUGCGGCGGCGAGAAGACUGGCCCUCUCGGCUCCAGAUGUUCUUCGCCAAUAACCACGACCAGGAAUUCGACCCUCCGAAGGUUUACCCACCUGUCCCGGCUGAGAAGAGGAAGCCCAUCCGGGUGCUGUCCCUGUUUGAUGGAAUCGCUACAGGGCUUCUGGUGCUGAAGGACUUGGGCAUUCAGGUGGAUCGCUACAUCGCUUCCGAGGUGUGCGAGGACUCCAUCACAGUGGGCAUGGUGCGGCACCAAGGGAAGAUCAUGUACGUCGGGGACGUCCGCAGCGUCACGCAGAAGCAUAUCCAGGAGUGGGGCCCGUUCGAUCUGGUGAUUGGGGGCAGUCCCUGCAAUGAUCUCUCCAUCGUCAACCCUGCCCGCAAGGGACUCUACGAGGGCACUGGCCGGCUCUUCUUUGAGUUCUACCGCCUCCUGCAUGAUGCGCGGCCCAAGGAGGGAGAUGAUCGCCCCUUCUUCUGGCUCUUUGAGAAUGUGGUGGCCAUGGGCGUUAGUGACAAGAGGGACAUCUCGCGAUUUCUCGAGUCCAACCCUGUGAUGAUUGAUGCCAAAGAAGUGUCAGCUGCACACAGGGCCCGCUACUUCUGGGGGAACCUUCCUGGUAUGAACAGGCCGUUGGCAUCCACUGUGAAUGAUAAGCUGGAGCUGCAGGAGUGUCUGGAGCACGGCAGAAUAGCCAAGUUCAGCAAAGUGAGGACCAUUACUACUAGGUCGAACUCCAUAAAGCAGGGCAAAGACCAGCAUUUCCCCGUCUUCAUGAAUGAGAAAGAGGACAUCUUAUGGUGCACUGAAAUGGAAAGGGUGUUUGGCUUCCCUGUCCACUAUACCGACGUCUCCAACAUGAGCCGCUUGGCGAGGCAGAGACUGCUGGGCCAGUCGUGGAGCGUGCCCGUCAUCCACCACCUCUUCGCUCCGCUGAAGGAAUAUUUUGCUUGUGUGUAAAGGACGUGAGGGCAAACCGAGGUAGUGACACAAGGUUAAACAAACAAACAAAAAACACAAAACACAACAAAAUACCAAGAACGUGAGGAUGGAGAGAAGUAUCAGCACCCAGAAGAGGAAAAGGAAUUUAAAACAAAAAAAAACCCCACAGAGGCAGAAAUACCGGAAGGCUUUGCCUUGUAAAAAGGGUUGGACAUCAUCUCCUGAUUUUUCAAUGUUAAUCUUCAGUCCUAUUUAAAAACAAAACCAAGCUCCCUCCCCACCCUCCCACCCCCGUUUUUUCGGUCAAACCUUUUGUUUUCUACUCUUUUCAGAGGGGUUUUCUGUUUGUUUGGGUUUUUGUUUCUUGCUGUGACUGAAACAAGAGGGUUUAUUGCAGCAAAAAAAAAAAAAAAUCAGUAACAAAAAAUAGUAACAUACCUUGCAGAGGAAAGAUGGGAGAGAAGGAAAGAAGGAAAUUCUAUAGAAAUCUAUAUAUUGGGGUUUAUUUUGUUUUUUUUGUUGUUGUUGUUUUUUUUACUAUAUAUCUUUUUUGUUGUUGUUGUCUCUAGCCUGAUCAGAUAGGAGCACAAGCAGAGGACAGAAAAUAGACACUCAGGCGGCAGAGUUCCCUCCCAGCCACUGAGCUGUCUUGCCAGCACCAUUCCUGGUCAUGCAAAACACAACCCAACUAGCAGCAGAGAGACGAGAACACCACACAAGACCCUAUUAUACAGUAUUCAGGUGCCUACCACACAGGAAACCUUGAAGAAAAUCAGUUUCUAGAAGCUGCUGUUACCUCUUGUUUACAGUUUAUAUAUAUAUGAUAGAUAUGAGAUAUAUAUAUAAAAGGUACUGUUAACUACUGUACAACCCGACUUCAUAAUGGUGCUUUACAACAGCGAGAUGAGUAAAAACAUCAGCUUCCACGUUGCCUUAUGUGCAAAGGGUUUUAACCAAGGAUGGAGAAAGGGAGACAGCUUGGAGGUGAACCAUUACCGUGGUGGGGUUUUUUUUAUUUCCCCUUGGUGUUUAACGAGGUGAAGGAGGAGAAUUUGGGAACAGCAUUCUCCCGUUUCUCCCUGCCAAAAAAGGGGGUGAAAUUCAGUGGUCGGGACCGUGGAAAGCUGAGAGUGGGAUCCAUCCAGGCUCAUGAGAUAACCUUUUGAUUUUUUUCGAAAAGGAGACUCCCUCGGCAAGAUGGCAGGAUGAGGGGUCUUCAUUCCCAAUUUCUCACAUUAGCCGAUUCGAGGGCUCCUUGCGGUGGGGUCAGAAAAAAUCCAGAGUGCGGGCAAGUGACAGUUCAGACCCCACCUGGAGCAAAUAAAAAAACAUACAAAACGUACUGGUGCUUUCCUGUCUAAGUCGCUUUUUGUGUGUUCUUUUAUGAGGCCCCCACCAUCCACCCUCUGUGCACAAGGCGGCUUCCGGCCCCUGGAAUGUGAUGUUUUUGGUCAUCUCCAAAGGCUGCAGUUUUAUACUGGGAGGCUGAUGACACCUUUUGUUAUAAUUAUUCUUAUGGUUCUGGUUAUAAUUAUGUUUGUUUUCAGAUUUUCUUUAAGAAAACAAAAACCCAACCCCCCCUCCCUUUAGGUUUCAAACCAAGGUGCGGGGAGCAGGGUGCUUCUAAGUUAGUGGUGGCCCUGGUGCCCUGGCUCCCCACCCCUCGGGCCAGGUGGGCCACCGGGCGCUGCGACAGCUGGGCGUCGGCCAGGGGGUCCCCGAGGCCGGCCUUCCGGGUGCGUCCCUCUUCUCUUCUGCUUCCCUCCUCUCGAGUCACGUGUGUCAGGGCUGGAGGGAGGACCAGGCAUCUCUCUCCUCGCGUGUGUGAUUGGAGUGGUGUGUAUUUCUUUUCUAGUACUUGGUCUGAUGAUAGCUGUGCUCUUACCUCGAGUCAGCAGCACCUGGAGCCCCAAGUGCCCGACACUUGGUUCCGCUUCCCGGCGAGGCAGGCAGCCUGGUGUUGGCUGUAGGCAGGGACGGCAUGUGUGGCUCCAGGGUGAGGGCCCAAUGGGCAGAUGCCUGCCUGGGUAGAUGGGGUGUAGAUAAUGUGGCAUAUAGAGAUAUAUAUUUUAUAAUGGGAGGGGGGAAUGGCACCUCCUGGGACUGGCAGGGCUGGGAGGUGUGCUGUCAAGCACAUGGUCCCACGUUCGCAUCCCUAGAAAGAUAGGGCCUACGGUGAUAGGCGCUAUAUAAAUACAUAGAUAGGGUCAUGUAUAAGAAAUAUUAUGUAGUGGGGAGCGGGGGAAGGAGGCUCAGAAUGCUGAGUCUCGGGCCCCACUGCAGACAGGCCCCACACCAGUCAGUCAAUCCCACACGCACACACAGGAACAUGUUUCUAUACCGAUGCGUAACGAACGCGCGUGCACACACACACGCGCACACACAGACACACACGCACGCGCGCACACACACACACACACACACACACACACAAAACCAGGGAGCUCCCAGCGCUCUUCUCCCCAGGAUUCAGGACUUUGCAGAGUCGGCCCUGCAGCUCUUUACCUCUGUUGCCCUGAUUGCAGGUAGACUGUCAAUCCCAGAAGUUGCUAGGUGCUGAAGGCAGGAAAAGGAGGAGGUUUUCUUUUAGCAGGUGCUCUCCUCUAGCAGGUAGCGUUCUAUCUCUUUUGCCCCUGGUGAUGUCAAAAGACUCUUCUGUUAGCAACCUGUGACACUGACCUGCAACCCUAGGCACCAGUCCAGUCAGCCCUCAGCUCCCCCUACCUAUUCUGCCCCGACCAAAACGAAACUGACGUCCAGGGCUGUCUUGGCCAGGGGGCUUCCAUUGGGAAAAAAUGGGACAGUGAACCUCAUCUUUUGAAUAAAGCAAAUUAGUAAUUGGUGACAAAACUAAACCAGGCUUUGAAUCCCGUGCUCAUUGCUCAGGAGUAAGCUCACAGCUGGUGGCCGCGGUCUCCCACUCCUUUUAGCGGAGCUUAGUCCCGCACCCCAGGCUACUCAUUUCCUUGUCAGAUUGGUUUUUAAGGUGAUACCCAGUUGCUUCCUGCCAGCUCUGUGCCGUGAUGCCAGGUGGUGAUGGUGGGCUCCCACGGGGCUGGAGCAGCUGUGGGGGAACCCCUCGGCCCUUCCCCCGUUGGAGUCUGUACCGAACUGUGGUGCUCACCCCACCCUCUCCAGCCAGGCUCCAUCUUCCCGGCCCAGAGCCCACCAGCACUGCUCCGGAGGGCUGGGGGAGGAGGGCUGCCACAGGCAGUCCAAGGUGCUCCCUCCCCUGGCGGCCAACGCUAAGGUCUUCCCAGCCCCAGUGUCAGGGCAGAGUCUCUUUCUCUGCAGACAGACUUCCUGGCUCUCCGAGGCCUUUUGUCCACUGCUUGUGCAGGAGUUUGCUUUUCCCAGUGGCCCAAGCUCCAGCCAGGGGCUUGGUGCGGGGAAGAAACUUGGUAGCCAAGGAUGUGGCGAGCCUGAGGGGUCAGCGUGGGCUGGCCAGCUUGCUUGCUGUGGCUGAUGACCUGUUUCGCACAGUCUGGCAACCUGACUAGGCCCCGGAAGGGGCCGGAUGCACCCUCGCAGGGAUGAGAGUUAACGAUCACCAGCUUUUCUUCCAGCCACACCCGUGGGCUUGGUCCCACAGUAGAACUUGGUAGGGUGCAGGGGACCUUGGGAUGUGCCAACUUGGCCACACCAGGGUGCUGUCCACAGUUGACUCCCGACUCUGGGGGUGCUCCUGGGGACAGGGAUCAGGUCACCUUCUAAAGGGGAGCUGUGCUUGGACAGGCUGAGGUGAGGUCGCGCGGGGUUGCAGGUGGGGGAUUGUGGCACUUGCCGUGCGUGAGGCUCAGGGUAGAGGCAGUGCAGCGGGAGAAACCAAGAAGGCCUAGGGAAAAUUCUGGAGUAUGUUCCCAGUGGGGUGUUCUUUUUGAAGAGCAGGCCAAUUUACAAAUUCCUGGAAAUGAGGGUUUCUAGGGACUGAGGAUGAUGCCCCCCUACUUGCUGCAGGUGCCAGAGGGACCUGUGCCUCUUGCCGGGGUAGGUAGCUGGGGCUCGGCGGGGCGCAGGGCCCUGGGUCGCCUGCCCGAGGAGGAAGCUCGUCUCCAGCCAGCGCCGCUGAGCCCCAUGGGCCUCAAGCUGGCUGGUGCUGCCUGCCUUUCCCGGGAGCCGACCAAGGAGCACAGGACCCGUGGGGUCUUGCAGUCAGUGAUGGCAACCCAGGUGUGCCACUGUCUGUUUUUCUUUCUAGACCCCAGAACCUUCCUGCUAUUGAACAUUCUAGAAAGCAAACUUCCCAAAAGAGCACGCAGGACCACUUUGCUUUUGAGACGGGCCUGGGAGUGGUCGGCUGGCGAAGAUGCCUGUGGGUUUUUGGUGAGUCGCUAGAGUGCAGAUUGGGACAGGCAGACCCAGCAGGUAGAAAGGCUGGUGGUGAACAUUGAACCGGUCUAGUGAGGGCCGGCUCCCCUUACUUCACGCGUAGCUGGCAAUUCUGGGGAAGCCUGAAUUGAUGGGACGGGAAUUAGAUGGGAAUAGCCCACCGUCUCCAGCACAGGAAGGUCUGUAACAGGAGCAAGGGAAGGACUGUUUCAGCAGAGCCAUCUGGGGAAUGUUCUUAGUCUUCAUCUCUCUGAUGACAUCGGUAUAUACAUAAAGUGGAUCUUGGAGGUGGUUUUGAAUUCCUGUCGCUGUUCUGCUUGGGGCAGAGAGGCUGUGGCACUGGUAUUUUUCACAGGUGUCGUUUUCAGGAAACUUGCAGGGUUAGGGCCGUGGGUCCUGCCUCGCACUGUGAUCUGAUGAGGGCUGGUCGUUGCCUGUGGUCAGGGUAGCAGCAGAGCCAAGAUGCUGGUGAGAACUGGGUUUCUAGCCAGGCCCCGUUUUGAUCCCAGGAGAUGAGGAAUCUGAAUUUGUCAUCGGGCGUGGUCUAGUCUGGACCCUCCCAGCGCUUGUGAUUAGAGAUGACACUGGAGUUGUCCUGCCCUCUUUUCCUCCACCUCUGGAGGGAUGGCGUGGAGCUGGAAUGGCUCUCCCGGCCAUUCCUUGCUGAGGCAGGGAUUAACCACAAGUGUUUGGAGGAUCUAAGAGGAAAGAGAAUCGAUUUAUAUCAAGGAUGGACUCCACUGUUCUAGCAGAAGCACUCGAAUCUUUACGUUUUGGUAAAGGAAGGCUGGGGUCUUUAGGAAGCGAGGUAGCCCCUCUUGCACCGGUAUGUUCCAGAGACCCGGCUGAGUGGGCCUUUGGUUGUUUAUCGCUGAUCCUCAGCAGUGGAGUCUGGGGAGAGGGAGAAACAAGCAGGUCAGAAGCAGUGAGGACAAGGAUGGAAGGUCCUUUGCUAGUCGUGACUGGCUGAAUUGCCCGAACGGAGGCCCGCAGAUUCCUGUAACUCCAGUAACUGGAAAACUCCCCCCAGGGGCAUGGGAGGGCGGCUUUCUCAACCUCCAGUCUCACGGCCUCCAGCCCUGGGCCUGAGGACAUGAGCAGGGAUCCGAAAGCAUCACCUGAGUCCCAUUUCACUUCACAGACUGAUUUGGUUGCACAGCCCUAGAAUCCAACCAACCACAAAAAUGCCGAAAUUCCUUAGAAUACGCAGAGGGAGGAGGUGACUCAACAAGGUGCUAAAACAUUUUAUUAAAAAUAUAUAUUGUUAAAUUAAGUCUGCUGUCUGGACAAUGACUGUUUGUUUUGUUUUCUUGUAGUGGAGUUUAAAAGAGACUAUUAUUUUACUCUGAUAUAUUAUUAUUAAAAAGGCAUUUUAACUUUGUACUUGAAAACUAAAUGAGCGAUUUCAUGUGUUUUAGCUGAGGCAUUGAAGUAGCGGGUGCUUACUUAUUUGUGGGAAAUCAUGUAUUCAUACUGAAGAAUAAACUCCGUAGCUGAUUUGGUAAUAACUUUUACUGUUACAGACGAUUUCGCUUUGACCCCGGCGGGAGAGCACUUUUACUGCACAUUCCACGCAGCUAAAUGCAGGACUUAACUCCCCAGACCCUUCCCUUCCCAGCCCUCUUUCCUUUCUCUUCAGUUCCUCUUCUGACUCUUUGUUGUUGUUGUUUUUUUUUCUCCCUGGUUCCAGCAUCCUUUCACCACUGUAUUUUUUUUAGGGUUGCUUCUCUAUUUAUUGACAAUAAUAAUGUACAUUUCACAGUCUGGUUCUGGGACAUCGGGGAGGGGCAAGUGUGAAAGGGCCCUGCACGGGUCCCCACCCCCAUGCCCUGGUGUUCUGUUGUAUCUCUGUGUAAGUGAUGCUCGUGACAUAGCUGUUAUGAAAUAAUUAUAAAGAGGUCAGUGCGUACAGCAGAUGUAGAAAGUCUGUCAGUUCCGCCUUCAUCACUUUUUUUUUUUUUUUUUUUUUUUUUUUUGUGCC